AUGUCGACGAAGCGUAACUCAAAGGAAGAUUUAGCCGGCGAUGAAGCCUUAGAUGAAGUAAAUAAACACAUCAAAGAAGCUUUCGACAUUCUGAAGCGUGAGACGAACAAGCUUCGCAAGGAAAGAAAUGCGUUUGACGAGGUGGCAAGGAAGCUCGAACAUGUUCAUUUCUCGACCAUGCUGAAACUUAAUGUCGGUGGCCAUUUUUUCUCCACAAGUUUGGCGACUAUGACUAAAGAUCCAGGUACUUUAUUGAAGCAAGUUUUGAUUUUGAACUAAGGAGUCAGAUCUAGCUGUUUGAUGUACUGUACAAAGUUCGCUUUCCUUCAAUUGUUUAUCCAUAAAUUCAAAUCCUGUUUGCAUCCGCAGCUGUUUAAGUAGUCGAGAGAAUUCGAUUUUAAAGUCCAUUGUUCAAAACGAUACUAAUGUUUUACAGGCUGACUUCUGAAAUUCCACCUGCGUCUCUAUGCUUGUUUAAAAACGAGCAGAUAUGUGGAACGCAGUCUUAAAUAAUCCGCCAUUACUUCUAGUCAACUGAAUACACCACAGUAAAAACAUUUUUGAUACGGUUGAAUGCAGCUUGCUUCGUGAUGUUCGAUGCCGCACGCCAAAUUGGGUAUAUGUAGUUGAUUAUUUUUGAAAAAAAAAGGAUUAAGGUAUAUUAGAAAGGUUUUGUUCAUCUUGUUUUCACAGGGUCCAUGUUACAUGCCAUGUUUUCAGGCAGAUUUGACACAAAACCUGGCGAGGAUGGAUCUUACUUCAUCGAUCGAGACGGAACACACUUCCGACAUAUCUUAAAUUAUCUUCGCACUGGGAAACUCGUCUUACCGGACGAUAAAGUCGUUCGGAAGGAGCUGUUAAGCGAGGCGGAAUUCUACCAAAUCGAUGGGAUACUCAAAGAGUUGAAAGCAUAUCCGCUUAAAGAUUCUGCAAUUCUCUCUUCAGAACAGCGCGAAACCCUGGUGGACUGGUUGAAAGACACUCGCGAAAGCUUAGGCGACGAUUACGUGUUGUUAUACCGAGCUUCUCGCAAUGGAUGGGCCGCCUCUGACUUCCACUCGUGUUGUGAUAACAAAGGACCAACAGUUACAGUGAUAAAGAGCGGAAAUUACAUAUUUGGAGGAUAUACUGGGCAGUAAUGGCAAUCUCCAAGUAAGAGGUCUUUCUGUCGGCCCUAUUGAAUCAAACUGCAUUACUCCCCCUCCCCCCCCCCUUUAUGAUAAAAUAUCCCAUCUUUGCUCUCAAAUUUGCUGUUUGCUUUCCAUUUACAUGUAAAUUACAGAAGUAAGAAGUCUUAUGCUUGGGAACUUCUAUCUUUUUCUUCUUUUCUUUUUGGGGAAAUAUAACGAUGAUUCUGCCAAAACACCAAAAAACUUAAAUCGAUCAGAAAGUGAUACCUUUACAAUCGAUCUAGUUCUAUAAAAAACAUCCAAAUGAGAACUUCCUAGCAUACAGCCCAAACCUCAUCUUAAGAACCUUUUAGUAAGCUUUCUGCUUUCAAAACUUCAACAAAAACUAAUGGAAGAUUCAGUCAACCGCCCCUCUCCCCCCUCCUUUCUUGUACGGUGAGUCAGCUUGCUUACAUCUCUGAGAGAUAAACCCUUUUGACCGACCGUUCAAUGAAAACAUCAGGUUUUGUAGGACUCCCUAAUACCAUGAAUAAUGCAUUGAUGUCUUUGAUGUUGUUGUCGCUGCAUUUUUAUUUUGUUUUAUAAUAAAGUUCGGAUAUAACGCGCGCUGUCAUUGGUCGAAAAAGCGUGCUCUAUGAGAGUAUAGAGCAUAGAGCUGAGCUAAAGCUGUCACGCCAUCUGCCAAUUGUACUAUGUUCGACCUUUUCCGGGACUUCUUUUUAGCUUUUUCCCGAUAAUUUAAAGUGAAAUUUCGGAACAAGCGAGCCGGCAAGUAGUAACAGAAGAACCAAAGAAAGGUUUGUAAACAAACCAGGCGUCGUUAUUUACGCUAUUAAAACGUGGGCAGAUACGAAAAUCCUCAAAGGAAAAACAAAAUAGACAUUCCGAGUUUUAAAGAUUUUCACGCUUAGUUAGAUUGCAAGCUUACGUACGGUAAUGAAAAUCAAACACAGCCAACACUCGUAUAGUAUAUAAAGUUCAGAGUUCAAAAACAAAACAGAACAAAACAGAAAUGAUGAAAAAUAUAACCAAACUGGCAUAAUUGUUAAAAUUCAUACUAAUCAUGACGGUGUCUGAGCAAAUAUGAUCAUGCUGAAGUCCAUCGCGGUUCACUUAUCAUGCCGCCCUUCGAGUGAAAAAAUAAGAGCUCGCUCUUAUAUCCUUUCCAAUGUGUUGAGUGGAAAGUCACUUCAGUCACUGCAGCCGAGUUUUGCGGCGCUGUCAUCCCGAGCGAUCUUCAUGUUCCGGUGAAUUCGGCUGUCGUUCAUUUAAAAAACACUCGCCUUGAACAGUUUGUUUUCUACCUUGUCAUGUGAAAAAACCCGCGUGUUUUUAUGAGCCAUAAUUCGAUUGAAGUUCACUGAAUAUUUCACUUCAAGAUUCUGAAUUAAAAACUUCAGUCAAAAGCGUUAAAUUCGACCUGUCGAAUUAUUUUAGUUUGUAAACUAUCGCAGAGUGUGAACUUUGAUGGUUUUUGAACUUUGAUGGUUUGACACUUUUGACAGCUUUUGUCUUGUACAGCCAAUCAGAUUAUUUGAACUAUUCUAACAGGGAUUCUGAUUGGCUUAUUGUAGCGUGCUCUAUGAGAGUAUAGAGCAUGCUGACGACACUGUUCUUCGCUUUGGAAAUAAAGUUUGUUUUGAAAAUAACGGAUUCUUUAUAUAAAACAAAUAGAAAAGCCUUGACUGUGCUAUGUUCAGCACUCAAGAAGUGGGAAGAAAUAACAGAACAGAGCACAGUCAAGGCUUCUCUAUUUGUUAAUUUAUGUUUGUUUUGUUUUGUUUUUUUUGUUUUCUUCUUUGUUAAUUUUGUUUUGUUUUGUUUUUUUUUUAGUGUGUCUGUGUUUUUUUUUUCGUUUGAGAGGGACUUCGAUCUCAAUACAGGGUUGUUUUUUUUCGUUUUUUUUUUGUUGUACAUUUUAAAUUAGCUGUUACCAUUGCAUAGUCAAACCAGUCUUCGAUAAGAAAAAUAUUUCUAGAGCUGAACACUAAGUCUCCUUUAUUUUAAGGAAGUGAACUUCUGUCUCAUCUCAGAGUAAGCUAAAGGCAGCGUUAUUUGUUAGAGGUCGUGAUGCGCUGAAAUGAAAAUGAUAGCUCAAGCUACAAGUACAGGCGUUAAUUAUUGCUGUGACAAUUUCUUGUACAAUCAAUGUAACUCAGUAAAUAUCUUUUAUCAGAUACUGAAUCGUACAAAAGAGCACCAGGUUCAUUCCUGUUCAGCCUUGUCAAUGCCAGUGGCUUGCCACCAACAAAGAUGCCUUUGAUAGAUGGUAAGGAAGGAAAUGCCAUCUACUGCUACAGUAGCUAUGGUCCAGGAUUUGGAGCUGGAAAUGAUCUUUGCGUUUCAAAUUGUCCAAAUUCCCACGGCUGCGCCGUUAACCUUGGAAAUACAUACCAGUGCCCAGCAGGUCAGAAUGGUAACUUUUUUUUAGCAGGAAAUCCAAACUUCACUGUGAAUGAAAUGGAGGUGUUUGCGCUCGAAAAUUAAAGGCGUUGUUGCCAUUUUUUCCUUCCUGAUGAGACUAAAACUGAUUCGGUAAACGUUUGCCAGUGACUAGUUUCCUCUUAGUCGUGUUGUUGUUAAUAAAUUUUGUUAUUGUUACCAGAUUGAAGAAGUAAGAGGCUUUCAAAGCUCUAACCUUUUGUUGUACUUAUUUGGCUUGUGAACGAUCGACUCUUGUUUCUAUUUAUAUUUCAAGAAUUGUUUAUCAGACAAUUAAGUGCGUUGUUAUUACUUUGAACAAGAUUGAAUUAUUAAACGUUUGCAAAAACUGGGAUGACUGCAGAUCCGUGAAGAUAUUAACUGGAAGGUGGUGUAUUAACAAACAUAAUCAAAACUAUAACAAAACUUUCGAACAAAAUUGGUUAUCACCAGUUCGAUUUGAGCACCUGCUUGUAGUUGGAGUGAAUGUCGCACAUUUUUCCCAGUUAAAAUUCUGGCCCCGGUUGUACAAAGGUUGGAUAGCUCUAUCCACGGGAUAAAUCUUUAUCCGGUGGAUAACGCCACACAUUCUGUAAUUUCGUAUCCGCAGGAUAGCAAUUUAUCUGUUAGAUUGCGUUAUUUUUAUUAAAUGAAAGCGUAUAACCGAUGUCGAGUUUCUUUCUCAAAUUUUUUCAUAGUUUUGAUUGUCAAAUCGGACUCCAACUUCGCGUUCGUUCGCGCAGUCAGUUGGACUCCACUCAGUCCUAUUACCAUUAUAAAUCGAAUGCAGGUUGCUCAUAUAUAAAUCAUGAUAAAAUUGCAAGAGGUUAAGGCACCUAACACCCAUGGCCUGUUACAGGUGUCUAGUAAACGGUGCGAUAGUAGCGGAGAAGAGAAAAAGCGAGGGGUCCGGGCUGAAGUCAUAAAUUUCAACUUAAACAAGGAGAGAGGAAUCGGUCGAACCUAAAUUUGGUUUAGGUCUCACGCAAUAAAAAAGGCUGGGUUGUGCUAUCACAAGUAGGAGGCAGAAAAAAACCGCGAGAAUCUUAAAUUUAUUUUGCUUUAGGAAUUGUGUAAGCUUCAGUUUCUUGGAAAGUCGCGGUCACUAAGUUAAAGUAAAAGAACAAAGUGGCUAAAUCGGUGCACUAUCCCGAAACAGUCCAAAAAAAAAUUCAAAAUGUGUAGCUUGAUGAAAACCUAGACAUAAGAAAAUGCCUUCGUAGGCGUCUAACCUGAAUUGUGACCUAUUUACCAAGCAAAAAAUGGUACACAUUUGAACGCAACAGAUUUAUUGUAGAAGCCUUGUUUCACCUGGAAAUGUUAAUAUAUUAGUUAGAGCACUGAUUUAUUUUAGAAAUUUUCUCAGCAAUGUUAUCCCACCAACGCCACGGUACAGUUUCUUCAGAAAUUUAGCUCCAUUACCUAUGGCAGAAUUCGGUUUAACCGUUCUGUCUCGAAGACACCAUAUUCGCACUAACAGCGUAAUUCAUUCUUUGCAUAUAAACACACUUACAAUCCACAAUUCCUCCAAUCGCUCUGACGAAGGGCUAACGCCCGAGAAGUCAGCUUUUAAAAUAUUUAUGGUGGCCAAUUUACGUUUUCAACUCAGUUGAUAAUACUAAAUUACCCUGUUAUACUCUCCCACCGACGCAGCACCACAGUUUCUUUAGAAACUUACCCUCUUUAUUCAUUUGUCUUGUAGACGUCGGACUAAGUCUUGAAAAAACCGGCAAUUUUUAACAAAUGAAUGAAUCCCUCCUCAGAGCCGGCAUCCUGUAGCUUAUAUUGACCGUCCAAAUUACCUUACAUUAGCCCCAAAUUACCAAACAUAGCUUCUUUGAAUUUAAGCACAGGCUGCCCAAGCUCACGUCCCGAGAAAAAGCAAACGAUUAAUUCAUGAAGGCGUCACGCUUUGUGUGACUCGAGCUUAAGUUACCAUAGAAACCGUUGAUAAUUGGACUCGUUUUAAGGAAUAGUUUGGGGAACGAAAUACAAUCGAUUUACAACGAUAAAUAUUUCGAAAUAUGAACAUUUUACAUGUAAAAUGAAUAGAAGUUACUCAAAGAGGCGAACCCCUUUUUGCGUGACAACAGAAAAAGGGUUAAGUAAGGUAAUUUGAAAUAAAAAGUCGGCGCAGUGUCUGAAACAGAAACCGGGAAAUUGCAUUUAUUACGGGUCAGCGUAAUUAAUCAUCGACUUUAUCAUGUUGAUUUAAGACUUCCCUUGUAAUUACAUGCAUUGUUUCGUUCUAUUGUCUGUUUUGUCCAAGGAGCAUUUUGUCAUACACUUUAAAUUCAACUUUGUACUUUGUAUAAAUCAGAACUGAAGAUGACAGAAGAACUUUCGAAACAUGUUUUUAAAAGAGGUCGUAUAUUUUCUUAAAUUCGUGACAUAUUUGCUGCUAUCCAGACCUUUUGGCAGAAUCACAGUUAUUGAUAAUCAACGUUUUCCAAUAUCCAAUUAAUUUUCAUGCAUUGCGUGACUCGAAGUCAUUUAUGCAUAAUGAAAUUGAUACACCCAUAAAUUUCCGAGAAAUCAACUUACCGAGAAUCAAAGCAACACGCAAAUUCUAAGAAAAGACGAUAUAUCUCGGGCUUCUCAGGAAAAACAUUGAUUUCGUCACCUGUCCUUUUGUAUAACCCACUUGAAUUAAGAUGUCGACAAAGCGUAACUCAAAGAAAGAUUUACCCGACGGUGAAGCCUUAGACGAAGUGAAUAAACACAUCAAAGAAGCUUUCGACAUUCUGAAGCGUGAGACGAACAAGCUUCGCAAAGAAAGGAAUGCGUUUGACGAGGUGGCAAGGAAGCUCGAACAUGUUCAUUUCUCGACCAUGCUGAAACUUAAUGUCGGUGGCCAUUUUUUCUCCACAAGUUUGGCGACUAUGACUAAAGAUCCAGGUACUUUACUGAAGCAAGUUUUGAUUUUGAACUAAGGAGUCAGAUCUAGCUGUUUGAUAUACGGUACAAAGUUCGCUUUCCUUCAAUUGUUUAUCCAUAAAUUCAAAUCCUGUUUGCAUCCGCAGCUGUUUAAGUAAUCGAGAGAAUUCGAUUUUAAAGUCCAUUGUUCAAAACGAUACUAACGUUUUACAGGCUGACUUCUGAAAUUCCACCUGCGUCUCUAUGCUUGUUUAAAAACGAGCAGGUAUGUGGAACGCAGUCUUAAAUAAUCCGCCAUUACUUCUAGUCAACUGAAUACACCACAGUAAAAACAUUUUUGAUACGGUUGAAUGCAGCUUGCUUCGUGAUGUUCGAUGCUACACGCCAAAUUGGGUAUAUGUAGUUGAUUAUUUUUGAAAAAAAAAAAAGGAUUAAGGUAUAUUAGAAAGGUUUUGUUCAUCUUGUUUUCACAGGGUCCAUGUUACAUGCCAUGUUUUCAGGCAGAUUUGACACAAAACCUGGCGAGGAUGGAUCUUACUUCAUCGAUCGAGAUGGAACACACUUCCGACAUAUCUUAAAUUACCUUCGCACUGGGAAACUCGUCUUACCGGACGAUAAAGUCGUUCGCAAGGAGUUGUUGAACGAGGCAGAAUUCUAUCAAAUCGAUGGGAUACUCGAUGAGUUGAAAGCAAAUCCGUUUAAAGAUUCUGCAAUUCUCUCCUCAGAACAGCGUGAAACCCUGGUAGAUUGGUUGAAGGACACACGCGAAAGCUUAGGCGACGAUUACGUGUUGUUAUACCGAGCUUCUCGCAAUGGAUGGGCCGCCUCUAACUUCCACUCCUGCUGUGAUAACAAAGGACCAACAGUUACAGUGAUCAAGUAUGGAAACUACAUAUUUGGUGGAUAUACUGAGUAGCCAUGGCAAUCGCCAAGUAAGAGACCUUUCUGUCAGCCCCAUUGAAUCAAACUCCUUUACUCCCCCCCCCUUAUGCUAAUAUUUUGGCUUUUGGCUUCAAAUUUGCUGUUUACUUUCCAUUUACAGGUUAAUUACAGAAGCAAGAAGUCUUUUGCUUGGGAACUUCUAUCCUUUUUCUUCUUUUCUUUUUGGGAAAAUGUAGUGAUGAUUCUGCCAAAAUAUAAAAAAAAAACUUAAAUCGAUCAGAAAAUGAUUCUUUUACAGUCGAUCCAGCUCUACAAAAAACUCCCAAAUGAGAGCUUCCUGGCAUACAACACAAACCUAAUCUUAAAAACCUUCUUAGCUAUCUUUCUGCUUUCACAACUUCAUUAAAAACUAAUGGAAGAUUCAGCCAACCGCCCCCCUGCCCCCUCCUUUCCUGUACGGUGAGUCAGCUUGCUCACAUUUCUUAGGGAUAAACCCUUUUGACUGACAGUUCAAUGAAAUAUCAGGUUUUCUAGGACUCCCUAAUACCAUGAAUAAUGCAUUGAUGUUUUUGCUGUUGUUGUUGCUGUAUUUUUAUUUUGUUUUUUUGGCUGUUUUGUCUUGUCUUGUUUUGUUUUUGUUUUUGUUUUUGUUUUUAUUUUCGUUUCAGAGGGACUUCUAUCUUAUGACAGGGUUGUUUUUUUUUUGUAUAUUUUAAGCUAGGUGUUACCAUUGGAUAGUCAAACCAUAGUCUUCGAUGAGAAACAUCUUUCUAAAGUUGAACACCAAGCCUCCUUUAUUUUAAGGAAGUGAACUUCUGUCUCAUCUAGAGUAAGCCAAGGGCAGAGUGAUUUUCUAGAGGUCGUGAUGCACUGACAUGAAAAUGAUAGCUCCAGCUACAAGCACAAGCGUUAAUUAUUGCUGUGACAAUUUCUUGUCCUGGUUUUGUCCCUAUUUGCUAUCGAGAAUUAUUAUACAACCAAUCUAACUCAGUAAAUAUUUUUUACCAGAUACUGCAUCGUACAAAAGAGCACCAGGUUCUUUCCUGUUCAGCCUUGUCAAUGCCAGUGGCUUGCCACCAACAAAGAUGCCUUUGAUAGAUGGUAAGGAAGGAAGUGCCAUCUACUGCCACAAUAGCUGUGGUCCAGUAUUUGGAGGUGGAAAUGAUCUUUGCGUUCCAAAUUGUCCAAAUUCUUACAACUGCUCCGUUAACCUUGGCAAUACAUACCAGUGCCCAGCAGGUCAGAAUGGUAACCUUUUCUUAACAGGAAGUCAAAACUUCGUUGUGAAUGAAAUGGAAGUUUUUGUGUUCGAAAAUUAAAGGCAUCGUUGUCAAUUUUCUCUUCCUGAUGAGACUACAACAGAUAUUGUAAACGUCAGCUAGAGACUAAUUUCCUCUUAGUCAUGUUGUUUUUAGUAAAAUUUGUUAUUGUUACCUGAUUGGAGAAGUAAGAGGCUUUUAUAACCUUUUUGUUGAACUGAUCUGACAUGUGAGGGAUCGUUUCUUGCUUUUGAUUUUUUGAAGAAUUGUUUGCUAGUCAUUUAAGUGUGUUGUUGUUACUUGAACAAGAUCGAGUUAUUAAAACAAACGUUUGCGAGGACUGUUUCUGUGCUGGAUUGACAAACAUAAUCAAAAACUAUAACAAAAUUAUCGAAAAUGAAUGGUUACCGCCAGCCUGAUUUGAGCACUAAUAAGACAGUGAACGCGCCAUGCUUGUAAUUGGACAGUGUAACAGGACAAAUUAACCUCAUGUGCGCGCGCUGUUGCGCGCCUUUCGCCUCGUUAAAAUUCAACUGGGCCCUAUUGUUGUUGUUUUUGUUUUGGUUAAUGAAAGUGCAUAACCUAUGACAAGUUUCAAACUUAAAUUUUGUCAUAGUUUUGAUUGGCUUCCUCUUCGCGUUCAUCCACUCAGUCAGUUGGACCCCGCUCAGUCCUAUUACCAUUAUAAGCCGAAUGCGGGUUGUAUAUACAUAUAAAGCUCUAUAAAAGCGCAAAAGAUGCCUAACAUCCAUGACACUAGGAAGGGCACAAAUAUGUUUAACGGUCCAGCAAGUGUUAGGCGUUCAAUCUGUAAAACAAAACCUGGAUCAAUAUCAGUAUCUGGGCAACCGCCCACCUACCCUUCCCUUAACUCAACAACAGUCAAUUGAUAACAAGUUAGGGUUAAUGUUGGGUUAGGCGAGGGGUAGGUGGGCAGUUGCCCAGAUACUGAUAUUGAUCCCAAAGCUCUUUAAUAAACAGCGAAGAGCUAAAGUCAGGGCAGUGUGGGAAUUUAUGAGCAUGGUUAGGAUGUUUCCUAGUGAUAAAUUUUCAACUUAUUCAAAGGGAGAGGAAUCAGUCCAACCUAAAUUUGGUCUUACAUAAUGAAAAUGCUGCUAUCUGCUAUCACAAGUAGGAGACAUAAAAAAGAAGAUCGUGAAAACCUGAAAUUUAUUUCGCAGAAUAUAUUUUUUGUAAGUUUCUAAAGGUCGCUUUUACUACCUUGAUGUGAAAACAUCAAAGUUUGUAAAGGAGCAGAUUAUCCCGAAAUAGCCAAAUAGAUUUUGAAACUGUGUAGCUUCAUCAAAAUAUAAAGAGAAGAAAACGUCCUCGUAGGCAUCUAUCCAGAGUUAUGACCUGUUCAUCAGACAAAAAUGAUAUUUAUUUGAACUUAACAGCUUUCUUGUAGAGGCCUUAUCUCUCCUGGAAACGUUGAUUUAUUGCCUAGAGCACUGUUUUUUUAAGAUAUCUUCUCGGCAAAGGUACCUUCAGUUCUGACAAAGGGCUAACGUUCGAAACAUCGGCUAUUGAAAUUCAUCACAAUUUGCAUUAUCAACUCAGAGCUGGUUUUGGUUUAACCGUUCUGUCUUGAAGACACCAUUAAUAGCGUAGCUCUAUUUCCUGCAUAUAAACACACACAGACAACUCACAGUUCCUCCAAUCGCUCUAACUGAGGGCUAACGCUCGAGACGUCAGCUUUAAAAUCUUUAGGGUGGCCAAUUUACGCUAUCAACUCAGUUGAUAAUACUAACUGAAUUACCCUGCUAUACUCUUCCACCGAUGCAGCACCACAGUUUCUUCAGGACUGAACCCCUCUAUUCAUUUGUGUUUUAGACGUUGACCCAUGACUAAUCAGAUCGGUCAAGCGUUUAAUAUAAGCUACAAGAAGCCGGCUCUGAGGAGGGAUUCAUUAUUGUUUUUAAUUAAAAAAUUUACGCAGUUUUUUUUUUCAGCGGAUACUUACUUUUGUCGAUCCAAUCAAAUUAGAAAACUACAAAACAAAUUUUCAAGCUUAGAGUAAUGCAUCGUUUCUAUCUCUUGUACAAUUCUUCAUAAAUUUUAGUGCUUUCCUCGUCAUGCCCUACCUUAAGGAGGCUCCGUAAGAUUUUUUGACCGCGCGAGAUCUGGGUGGGAACAUAGCACAAGCUUUAAAAGUGUCAACAUGCAAAACAAACAUGGCGGCUCGAUAAGAUCGCACGAUUGUUAUCUGAAAAAGUGUGUUAAAAACAGUUUAACACAAUGCAUUUUUUUUAUGCGAUGGAAUCUAGGGUUUCCAGUAACUGCACCCGUAAUAUUCAUAGGCCUUGUGCGCCUGAAAAAGAGAUCAACCGAAAAGGAAACACUGUGGGAAAGACUGCCAAAAGGCGACAGAUUCGAAAGUCUACGCAAGCUUAGAUACCGAUCUUGGCGAAAGUUCAUUCCAUUACGUAACGUUUUAAGACAAAGAAAAUAGAGAUCUUUCAAGUGAGAUUUAUCGCGUUUCCUUAGGUGGAAUUUCCUAAGGUUUGAUGGACCAUCAACCAUAUUUGUGCCCUUUCUAGUGCCUGUUAAUAAAAAAAUACGACCAAGUUAUAAAAUUUCAAAUAGCGAGGAAACUGCCUUUUUAAACCUAUUUUUUUCGGCUUUUAAAUGAUCGGCAGGACGAUAUUUACAAAUUAUGAAAAUUUUGAAAGAUUUCAUGGAAACAAAUUUAAAAAAAUCAAAGACAAAGCCAAAUUAUCGAUGGCGAGCGCCUCCCUUCGUGGAGUCUUAGCUUAUUGAUGAAAAUCAUUUCGGUGAUAUUUACCACAGCAGGUGAUAGUCCGAACUUUGCUCAGAGCCUCUAAAUGGCUUUAAGUGACCUUGAAAAGCGAAAAAAUAAACAUUUUUUAGAAAAUUCGUUGCACUGACGCGCACGCCGACAUUUUUAAAAACCCUUUGGAGCAUCCUUAACUGUUAUUGUCUCCUCUGUGCAUUUUGUUUGAUUUUAUCUAUUUCAUUCUAUAGUGGGUUUUUUGCAUAGUCAGUAGUGUUCAGCUUAAAAUUGUGUAACUAUAUAAACACAGUUUUUGCUAAUUAGCGUUUUCCAAGUAAUUAAUACAUGAUGAAAUUGAUACACCCAUAAAUUUCCAAGAAAUCGGAUUCUGAGAAUAGAAAAAAUAUCUCGGGCUUCUCGGAAAAAAAAAAAAAAAAAAUUUCGGUACCUGUCCUUUUGUUUGACUCACUUGGAUUAAGAUGUCGUCGAAGCGUAACUCAGAGAAAGAUUUACCCGACUUUGAAGCCUUAGAUGAAGUAAAUAAACACAUUAAAGACGCUUUCGACAUUCUGAAGCGUGAGACAAACAAGCUUCGCAAGGAAAGAAAUGCGUUUGACGAGGUGGCAAAGAAGCUCGAGCAUGUUCAUUUCUCGACCAUGCUGAAACUCAACGUCGGAGGCCAUUUUUUCUCCACAAGUUUGGCGACUAUGACUAAAGAUCCAGGUACUUUGAAGCAAGUUUUAAAUUUUGAACUAAGGACUGAGAUCUAGCUGGUUGAUAAACUGUAAAAAGUUUGCUUCCACUCAACUGUUUAUCCAUAAAUUCAAAUCCUACUUGCGUCCGCAGCAGUUUUAGUAGUUGAGAGAAUUCGAUUUUAAAGUCCAUUGUUCGGAACGGUACUUCCGUUUUGCAUGCCGAUUUCCGAGCUUUUACCUGCGUCUUUACGCUUGUUUAAAAACGUACAGGCAUGUGGAACGCAGUCCUAAAUAAUCCGCCAUUACUUCUAGUUAACUCACUACAUCACGAUGAAAACAAUUUUGAUAUGGCUGACAAUAGUUUGCCAUGUGAUGUACGAUGCCACCCGCCAAACUGGGUAAACGAAGUUGAUUAUAUUUUAAAAAAAGGAUUAAGGUAUUAAAAGGAGGUUUUUUCAUCUUGUUUUCACAGGUUCCAUGUUUCAUACCAUGUUUUCAGGCAGAUUUGACACAAAACUAGGCGAGGAUGGAUCUUACUUCAUCGACCGAGAUGGAACACACUUCCGACAUAUCUUAAAUUACCUUCGCACUGGGAAACUCGUCUUACCGGACGAUAAAGUCGUUCGCAAGGAGUUGCUGAACGAGGCAGAAUUCUAUCAAAUCGAUGGGAUACUCGAUGAGUUGAAAGCAAAUCCGUUUAAAGAUUCUGCAAUUCUCUCCUCAGAACAGCGUGAAACCCUGGUAGGCUGGUUGAAGGACACACGCGAAAGCUUAGGCGACGAUUACGUGUUGUUAUACCGAGCUUCUCGCAAUGGAUGGGCCGCCUCUACCUUCCACUCCUGUUGUGAUAACAAAGGACCAACAGUUACAGUGAUCAAGUAUGGAAACUACAUAUUUGGGGGAUAUACUGAGCACCCAUGGCAAACGCCAAGUAAGAGACCUUUCUGUCAGCCCCAUUGAAUCAAACUCCUUUACCCCCCCCCCCCCCCAUGAUAAAAUACCCCAUCCUAAUAUUUUGCUCUCAAAUUUGCUGUUUACUUUCCAUUUACAGGCUAAUUACAGAAGCAGAAAGUCUUUUGCUUGGGACCUUCUAUCCGUUUUCUUCUUUUCUUUUUGGGAAAAUGUAACGAUGAUUCUGCCAAAAUAUAAAAAAAAAACUUAAAUUGAUCAGAAAGUGAUUAUUUUACAAUCGAUCUAGCGCUACAAAAAACUCCCAAAUGAGAGCUUCCUGGCAUACAGCACAAACCUAAUCUUAAGAACCUUCUUAGUUAGCUUUCUGCUUUCACAACUUCAUUAAAAACUAAUGGAAGAUUCAGCCAACCGCCCCCCUACCCCCUCCUUUCUUGUAGGGUGAGUCAGCUUGCUCACAUUUCUUAGGGAUAAAUCCUUUUGACUGACAGUUCAAUGAAAUAUCAGGUUUUAUAGGACUCCUUAAUACCAUGAAUAAUGCAUUGAUGUUUUUGCUGUUGUUGUUGCUGUAUUUUUAUUUUGUUUUUUUGGUUGUUUUGUUUUGUCUUGUCUUGUCUUGUCUUGUCUUGUCUUGUCUUGUCUUGUCUUGUUUUUGUUUUUGUUUUUAUUUUCGUUUCAAAGGGACUUCUAUCUUAUGACAGGGUUGUUGUUUUGUAUAUUUUAAGCUAGGUGUUACCAUUGCAUAGUCAAACCAUAGUCUUCGAUGAGAGACAUCUUUCUAAAGUUGAACACCAAGCCUCCUUUAUUUUAAGGAAGUGAACUUCUAUCUCAUCUAGAGUAAGCUAAGGGCAGAGUGAUUUUUUAGAGGUCGUGAUGCACUGACAUGAAAAUGAUAGCUCCAGCUACAAGCACAAGCGUUAAUUAUUGCAGUGACAAUUUCUUGUCCUGGUUUUGUCCCUAUUUGCUACCGAGAACUGUUAUACAACCAAUCUAACUCAGUAAAUAUUUUUUACCAGAUACUGCAUCGUACAAAAGAGCACCAGGUUCUUUCCUGUUCAGCCUUGUCAAUGCCAGUGGCUUGCCACCAACAAAGAUGCCUUUGAUAGAUGGUAAGGAAGGAAAUGCCAUCUAUUGCCACAAUAGCCGUGGUCCAGUAUUUGGAGCUGGACAUGAUCUUUGCGUUCCAGAUUCUCCACAUUCUUACAACUGCUCCGUUAACCUUGGCAAUACAUACCAGUGCCCAGCAGGUCAGAAUGGUAAGCUUUUUUUAACAGGAAGUCAAAACUUCGUUGUGAAUGAAAUGGAAGUUUUUGUGUUCGAAAAUUAAAGGCAUCGUUGUCAAUUUUCUCUUCCUGAUGAGACUACAACAGAUAUUGUAAACAUCAGCUAGAGACUAAUUUCCUCUUAGUCAUGUUGUUGUUAGUGAAUUUUUUUUUUAUACUAGAUUGGAGAAGUAAGAGGCUUUCAAAACCUUUUUGUUGAACUGAUCUGGCUUGUGAACAUUCGUUUCUUGCUUUUGAUUUUCAAGAAUUGUUUAUUAGUCAGUUAAGUGUGUUGUUGUUACUUGAGCAAGACUGAGUUAUUAAAAGAAACGUUUGCGACGACUGUUUCUGUGGUGGAUUGACAAACAUAAUCAAAACUAUAAACCUCGAACGUGAUUGAUUAUCACCAGCCCGAUUUGAGCACUAACAGGACAGUGUACGCGCCAUGCUUGUAUUUGGACAGUGUAGUAGGACAAAUUAACGUCGUGUGCGCGCGCUGUUGCCGAUCAUUUCGCCUCGUUAAUAUUCAACUGGGCCCUAUUGUUGUUGUUGUUGUUGUUUUUUAGGUUAAAGAAAGUGUAUAACCUAUGUCAAGUUUCAAACUCAAAUUUUGUCAUUGUUUUGAUUGACGAAUCGGACUCCCACUUCGCGUUUAUCCACUCGGUCAGUUCGACUCUACUCAGUCCUAUUACCAUUAUAGAUCGAAUGCAGGUUGUAUAUAUAUGUAUAUAUAUAUGAAGCUCGAUAGAAGCGCAAAAGAUACCUAACGCCCAUGACACUAGGAAGGGCUCAAAUAUGUUUAACGGUCCAGCAAAUGUUAGGCCUUCAGUUUGUAAAACAAACCCGGUCAAUAUCAAUAUCUGGGUAACUGCCCACCUAUCCCUCCCCUAACUCAACAACAGUCAAUUGAUAACAACUUAGGGUUAAUGUUGGGUUAGGGGAGGGGUAGGUGGGCAGUUGCCCAGAUACUGCUAUUGAUCCCAAAGCUCUUUAAUAACCAGCGGUGAGCUAAAGUCAGCGCAGUGUGGGAAUUAAAGAGCAUGGCUAAGUUGUUUUCCUAGCGAUAAAUUUUUAACUUAUUCAAAGGGAGAGGAAUCGGUGAAACCUAAAUUUGCUCUUACAUAAUAAAAAUGCUGCUAUCUGCUAUCACAAGCAGGAGACAUAAAAAAAAAAGAUUGUGAAAACCUUAAAUUUAUUUCGCAGAAUAAAUCUUUUGUAAGUUUCUAAAGGUCGCUUUUACUACCUUGAUGUAAAACAACAAAGUUUCUAAGGGGGCAGAUUAUCCCGAAAUAGCCAAAUAAAUUUUGAAACUGUGUAGUUUCAUCAAAAAAUAAAGAGAACAAAACGUCCUCGUAGGCAUCUAUCCUGAGUUAUGACCUGUUCAUGAGACAAAAAUGAUAUUUAUUUGAACGCAACAGCUUUCUUGUAGAGGCCUUGUCUCACCUGGAAAGGUUAAUUUAUUGCCUAGAGCACUGAUUUAUUUUAGAUAUUUUCUCGGCAAAGGUACCUUCAGCUCUGACAAAGGACUUACGCUCGAAACAUCGGCUAUAGAAAUUAAAAAUAAUUUACAUUAUCAACUCAGAGCAGGGUUUAGUUUAACCGUUCCGACUUCGAGACACCAUAUUCGCACCAAUAGCGUAGUUCUAUUUUCUUGCAUAUAAACACACACACACACAACCGACAAUUCCUCUAAUCGCUCUAACGGAGGACUAAUGCUCGAGACGUCAUCUUUAAAAUCUUUAGGGUGGCCAAUUUACGUUAUCAACUUAGAUGAUAAUACUAACUGAAUUACCAUGCUAUACUCUCCCACCGACGCAGCACCACAGUUUCUUUAGGACUGAAUCCCUAUUCAUUUGUCUUAUAGACGUUGACCCAUGACUAAUCAGCUCGGUCAAGCGCUUAAUAUAAGCUACAAGAAGCCGGCUCCGAGGUGGGAUUCAUUGUUUUUUUAAUUAAAAAAUUUACGCAAUUUUUUUUUCAGCGGAUACUUACUUUUGUCAAUCCAAUAAAAUUAGAAAACUACAAAACAAAUUUUCAUGCUUAGAGUAAUGCAUCGUUUCUAUCUCUUGUACAAUUCUUCGUCAAUUUUAGUGCUUUCCUCGUCAUGCCCUACCUUAAGGAGGCUCCGUGGGAUUUUGUGACCGCGCGAGAUCUGGGUAGGAACAUAGCACAAGCUUUAAAAGUGUGAACAUGCAAAACGGCGGCUCGAUAAGAUCGCACGAUUGUUAUCUGAAAAAGUGUGUUGAAAACAGUUUAACACAAUACAUUUUUUUAAGUGAUGGAAUCUAGGGUUUCCGGUAACUGCAUCCGUAAUAUUCAUAAGCCUUUUGCGCCUGAAAAAGAGAUCAACCGAAAAGGAAACACCGUGGGAAAGAUUGCCAAAGGGCGACAGAUUCGAAAGUCUACGCAAGCUUAGAUACCAAUCUUGGCGAAGUUUCAUUCCAUUACGUAAUGUUCUAAGACAAAGGAAAAAGCUGUCUUUCAAGUGAGAUUCAUCGCGUUUCCUUCGAUGGAAUUUCCUAAGGUUUGCUGGACCUUUAACCAUAUUUUUGCCCUUUCUGGUACCUGUUAAUAAAAAAAAUACGACCAAGUUAUAAAAUUUCAAAAUAGCGAGGAAACUGCCCUUUUAAACCUAUUUUUUCUCGGCUUUUAAAUGAUGAGCAGGACAAUAUUUACAAAUUAUAAAAAUUUUGAAAGAUUUCAUAGAAACAAAUUAAAGAAAAUCAAAGACAAAGCCAAAUUAUUGAUGGCGAGCGCCUCCCUUCGUGGAGUCUUAGCUUAUUGAUGAAAAUCAUUUCCAUGAUAUUUACUACAACAAGCGAAAGUCCGAACUUUGCUCAUAGCCUUUUAAUGGCUUUUAGUGACCUUGAAAAGCGAAAACAUAAACAUUUUUUAGAAAAUUCGUUGCACUGACGCGCACGCCAACCUUUUUUAAAAACCCUUUGGAUAUCCUUAUCUUUUAUUGUCUCCUCUGUGCAUUUUGUUUGAUUUUAUCUGUUUCAUUCUAAUAUUGGGUUUCUUGCAUAGUCAGUAGUGUUCAGCUUAAAAUUGUGUAAAUAUUGAAACACAGUUAUUGCUAAUUAACGUUUUCCAAGGAAUUAAUACAUGAUGAAAUUGAUACACCAUAAAUUUCCAAGAAAUCGGAUUCUGAGAAUAGAAAAAAUAUCUCGGGCUUCGGAAAAAAAAAAAAAAAGUUGCUUUCGACACCUGUCCUUUUGUUUGACACACUUGGAUUAAGAUGUCGUCGAAGCGUAACUCAGAGAAAGAUUUACCCGGCUUUGAUGCCUUAGAUGAAGUAAAUAAACACAUUAAAGACGCUUUCGACAUUCUGAAGAGUGAGACAAACAAGCUUCGCAAGGAAAGAAAUGCGUUUGACGAGGUGGCAAAGAAGCUCGAGAAUGUUCAUUUCUCGACCAUGCUGAAACUCAACGUCGGAGGCCAUUUUUUCUCCACAAGUUUGGCGACUAUGACUAAAGAUCCAGGUACUUUGAAGCAAGUUUUGAAUUUUGAACUAAGAAUUGAGAUCUAGCUGGUUGAUACACUGUACAAAGUUCGCCUCCAUUCAAAUUGACAGGCAUGUGAAACGCAGUCCUAAAUAAUCCACCAUUAUUUCUAGUUAACUGCAUCCGUAAUAUUCAUAGGCCUUGUUUAUCCAUAAAUUCAAAUCCUACUUGCGUCCGCAGCUGUUUUAGUAGUUGAGAGAAUUCGAUUUUAAAGUCCAUUGUUCGGAACGGUACUUCCGUUUUGCAUGCCGAUUUCCGAGCUUUUACCUGCGUCUUUACGCUGGUUUAAAAACGGACAGGCAUGUGGAACGCAGUCCUAAAUAAUCCACCAUUACUUCUAGUUAACUCACUACAUCACGAUGAAAACAAUUUUGAUAUGGCUGACUAUAGUUUGCCAUGUGAUGUACGAUGCCACCCGCCAAACUGGGUAAAUGAAAUUGAUUAUAUUUAAAAAAAAGGAUUUAGGUAUUAAAAGGAGGUUUUUUCAUCUUGUUUUCACAGGUUCCAUGUUUCAUGCCAUGUUUUCAGGCAGAUUUGACACAAAACCAGGCGAGGAUGGAUCUUACUUCAUCGACCGAGACGGAACACACUUCCGAUAUAUCUUAAAUUACCUUCGCACUGGGAAACUCGUCUUACCGGACGAUAAAGUCGUUCGCAAGGAGUUGUUGAACGAGGCAGAAUUCUAUCAAAUCGAUGGGAUACUCGAUGAGUUGAAAGCAAAUCCGUUUAAAGAUUCUGCAAUUCUCUCCUCAGAACAGCGUGAAACCCUGGUAGAUUGGUUGAAGGACACACGCGAAAGCUUAGGCGACGAUUACGUGUUGUUAUACCGAGCUUCUCGCAAUGGAUGGGCCGCCUCUUACUUCCACUCCUUUUGUGAUAACAAAGGACCAACAGUUACAGUGAUCAAGUAUGGAAACUACAUAUUUGGAGGAUAUACUGAGCAGUCAUGGCAAUCGUCAAGUAAGAGGCCUUUCUGUCAGCCCCCUUGAAUCAAACUCCUUUACUCCCCCCCCCCCCCCUUAUGAUAAAAUACUCCAUCCUAAUAUUCUGCUCUCAAAUUUGCUGUUUACUUUCCAUUUACAGGCUAAUUACAGAAGCAAGAAGUCUUUUGCUUGGGAACUUCUACCCUUUUUCUUCUUUUCUUUUUGGGAAAAUGUAAUGAUGAUUCUGCCAAAAUAUCAAAAAAAAACUUAAAUCGAUCAGAAAGUGAUUCUUUCACAAUCGAUCUAGCUCUACAAAAAACUCCCAAAUGAAAGCUUCCUGGUAUACAGCACCAACCUAAUCUUGAGAACCUUCUUAGUUAGCUUUCUGCUUUCACAACUUCAUUAAAAACUAAUGGAAGAUUCAGCCAACCGCCCCCCUGCCCCCUCAUUUCUUGUACGGUGAGUCAGCUUGCUCACAUUUCUGAGGGAUAAACCCUUUUGACUGACAGUUCAAUGAAAUAUCAGGUUUUAUAGGACUCCCUAAUACCAUGAAUAAUGCAUUGAUGUUUUUGCUGUUGUUGUAGCUAUAUUUUUACUUUGUUUUUUUGGUUGUUUUGUUUUGUUUUGUCUUGUUUUGUUUUUGUUUUGUUUAUUUUGUUUUUAUUUUCGUUUCAGAGGGACUUCUAUCUUAUGACAGGGUUGUUGUUUUUUUUUGUAUAUUUUCAGCUAGGUGUUACCAUAGUCUUCGAUGAGAAACAUCUUUCUAGAGUUGAACACCAAGCCUCCUUUAUUUUAAGGAAGUGAACUUCUAUUUCAUCUAGAGUAAGUUAAGGGCAGAGUGAUUUUUUAGAGGUCGUGAUGCACUGACAUGAAAAUGAUAGCUCCAGCUACAAGCACAAGCGUUAAUUAUUGCCGUGACAAUUUCUUGUCCUGGUUUUGUCCCUAUUUGCUACCGAGAAUUGUUAUACAACCAAUCUAACUCAGUAAAUAUUUUUUACCAGAUACUGCACCGUACAAAAGAGCACCAGGUUCUUUCCUGUUCAGCCUUGUCAAUGCCAGUGGCUUGCCACCAACAAAGAUGCCUUUGAUAGAUGGUAAGGAAGGAAGUGCCAUCUACUGCCACAAUAGCCGUGGUCCAGUAUUUGGAGGUGGACAUGAUCUUUGCGUUCCAGAUUCUCCAAAUUCCUCCAACUGCUCCGUUAACCUUGGCAUUACAUACCAGUGCCCAGCAGGUCAGCAUGGUAACCUUUUUUUAACAGGAAGUCAAUACUUCGUUGUGAAUGAAAUGGAAGUUUUUGUGCUCAAAAAUAAAAGGCAUCGUUGUCAAUUUUCUCUUCCUGAUGAGACUACAACAGAUAUUGUAAACAUCAGCUAAUGACUAAUUUCCUCUUAGUUAUGUUGUUGUUAGUGAAUUUUUUUUUUUAUACUAGAUUGGAGAAGUAAGAGGCUUUCAAAACCUUUUUGUGGAACUGAUCUGGCUUGUGAACAUUCGUUUCUUGCUUUUGAUUUUCAAGAAUUGUUUGCUAGUCAGUUAAGUGUGUUGUUGUUACUUGAGCAAGACUGAGUUAUUAAAAGAAACGUUUGCGACGACUGUUUCAGUAGAGGAUUGACAAACAUAAUCAAAACUAUAACAAAAUUCUCGAACAUGAUUGGUUGUCACCUGCCCGAUUUGAGCACUAACAGGACAGUGAACGCGCCAUGCUUGUAUUUGGACAGUGUAGUAGGACAAAUUAACGUCGUGUGCGCGUGGUGUUGCUGCGCAUUUCGCCUAGUUGAAAUUCAACUGCGCCCUGUUGCUGUUGUUGUUUUUUAGGUUAAUGAAAGUGUAUAACCUAUGUCAAGUUUCAAACUAAAAUUUUGUCAUUGUUUUGAUUGACGAAUCGGACUCCCCCUUUGCGUUUAUCCACUCAGUCAGUUGGACUCCACUCAGUCCUAUAAACAUUAUAGAUCGAAUGCGGAUUGUAUAUAUAUAUAUAUAAAGGUCGAUAGAAGUGCAAAAUAUAUCUAACGCCCAUGACGCUAGCAAAUGUUAGGCCUUCAGUUUGUAAAACAAAGCCCGGUCAAUAUCAAUAUCUGGGUAACUGCCCAUCUACCCCUCCCCUAACUCAACAACAGUCAAUUGAUAACAAGUUAGGGUUAAUGUUGGGUUAGGCGAGGGGUAGGUGGACAGUUGCCCAGAUACUAAUAUUGAUCCCAAAGCUCCUAGAAAGUCGCUUUUAUUACCUUGAUGUAAAACAAUAAAGUGCUAAAAGGGCGCAUUAUCCCGAAAUAGGAAAAAAAAGUUUAAACUGUGUAGCUUCAUCAUAACAUAAAGAGAAGAAAAUUUCCUCGUAGGCAUCUAUCCUGAGUUAUGACCUGCUCAUCAGACAAAUUAUAUUCAUUUGAACGCAACAGCUUCCUUGUAGUAGCCUUGUCUCUCCUGCAUGGAAAUGUUAAUUUAUUACUUAGAGCACUGAUUUAUUUUAGAAAUUUUCUCGGCAAAGAUACCCCCACCAACGCGGCGGUACAGUUUCUUUAGAAAUUUAACCCUAUUACCCAAGGCAAAAUUUGGUUUAACCGUUCUGUCUCGAAGACACCAUAUUCCCACCACUAGCGUAGCUUAUUUUCUGCAUAUAAGCAAACACCCAACCCACAAUUCCUGCAAUCACUCUGACGAAGGGCUGAUGAUCGAAACGUUAGCUUUUAAACUCUCCACGGUGGCCAAUUUAUCUUAUCAACUCAGUUGAUAAUACUAAAUUACCCUGUAAUACUCUCCUACCGACGCAGCAAUUUUUUUUAGAAAUUUUCCCCUCUAUUCAUUUGUCUUGUGGACGUUAACCCAUGACUAUUCUCGUCGAACUAGGUCUUGAAAAAAACCGACAAAGGCGGUCAAGCGCGUAAUAUAAGCCCCAGGAAGCUGGCUCUGAAGAGGGAUUCAUUAAUUUUUUUUAAAAAAGUUCACACAACAACUAAUUUUCGUAAAUCUUAUCGAUACCUCUGGACGCCCAGGGAUGCUUCAAACCAAUCUUUCGUGUCUUUUGACUGUUUCAAAGGCUUGUAUAAUAAAGUAGCAUGCGAAAUGAAGUGGACGAUAAAACACUUCUGAAUUCUCAUUGCACAGCAUAACUAAACAUCCAGUAGCCCACGUCUAACAGUACCCUCCCCCCUCCCCCCCUACCCCAAGGUGAAAUGGAAGCAAGGGAACAUCCGCGCAAAACUGGCACUAAUCGUUUUCCGUGACGUCACUCUUUUGCAAGAAAAUAUAUAGCCGCUUUUUAUUGGUUAACCCCUUUUGCCGGUUCUUUUGUGAAUUCUGAUUGUCUAGGGUUAGUAAUUUUUUUUUUUCACUCUUACGAACAGGAUGGUGCACAAAAGCUUGCAUGGUCAACUUUUUAGACAAAAGCGAUCUAUGACGAGGUUUUAAGGUAGUUUGUGUGACUCUUGGAUGGAAAAAUUUCAAGAAGAACAGCGGAAAGCCAUCGAUAUCUUUUUUGAAGGUAACGAUGUGUCUCUUUCGUUUCCAAAUGGCUUUGGAGAAUCUUUAAUAUAUCAAGCGGCGCCAGUAAUUCAUCGGCUUUCUUCUCUAAAAGAAACCAGUGACUAUAUUAUUUGUGCUGCCCGUUAAAGCUCUCAUAGAAGACCAGGUGCACUAUCUUAAUGAACUUGGGCCAGAGGAUCGUCCACCUUCAACUUUCGGUCUCUUUGCGAACAGUGCCGCGAUGCUAUGAAAUCUAGUUUGGUAAGCGCAAUGAUGAUCGAACAUCGUCCGCUCGUAAUCUUUUCCUAUAUUCUUGGAGCAAACUAAAGUAUUUAUUUGAACUCGGACGCUGAAUUGCAAAUUUACCCGAAAAAUGGAAAAUGAAUUCACUUCAAUGUUGUUGUUUAUCUCGAUAAACUUUCACGCUAACACGUUCCACCUCGCAAAAUGUAUCAUCAAGUUAUAUAAUUCUGCAUAGCUUAGAGUGACGUCACUUGACACGAUUCGUGUCGGGUUUGCGUGGACCUUCCCUCGCUUCCUUUCAAUGGUGAGUCACCAAUUGUUUCUGAGAAAUCGAAAUACCGAGAAUUAAUCAAAACCUCGUGCAAUUUCCGAGAAAUAUGAAGACAUAGAAGCUUUUGUUAAAUCCUGGAACUCUUUGCAUUUCGUACUCGUCGACGGCUUGUUGGAGAAAGUUGAAAUGUUUCCCUCCCGCAUUUCGAAGAAAAGUGACUCGCAAAACGAUGCGAAAGAGUCUGAGAUGUCUUUCUCUCGCAGUUCAAAGAAAGAUUUGCCGAACGACAUAGCCCUAGACGAAGUAAACAAGCACAUUACUGAUACAUUGAGUAUUUUGAGGCGCGAGAUAAGUAAAGUUCGUAAAGAAAAGGAAGCCUUAAUUUGUAUUCGACAGGCAGGCAGUGGGGGCAGGCAGGGGCAGUUUGUUUUAUUAAGGUGUUAUGAGGGGAAGCGGGGGUGGGUGAGUAAGGUUUUUAAACUAGCUUCAGUUCUCAUGUAAAUUUAUGGGGGUGCCAAGUUUUUUUAGAUUUUCUGAGGUUGAUACUAUUUAGAGCUUAAAGGAAGGUCAUGUUUUGUACCUAUGCGUAAAAAAAAAAAAAAAAAAAAAAAAAAAGAAAGGACCUUCAUCUCCUUCUAAGUUUCUGUUCCCCUUUAAAAUUAAGCGUUGUUCAUGUCGUCUUGGUUCUGUAGUGAGAUAACGUGGUGUAUUUGUAAUCCGCAGUCACCUGGUAACCAUUAAAUCAAGAGCCAGCCCAGUUCCUAAAAUCGCCACUUCUAUCUUAAAUCGGUAUCUUAUGAUCUUAUAUCACUCUUCAGAAACACUGUUAUAUUUCCAACCGGCCGGCCGCCAUCUUAACAAAAAAAAUAAAAAGAAAUAGACCGAUAAAGUCCUGGGUACGAUGUUGACAUUUUCUCAUUUCAGGACCGGAAGUGAUAAAGUUUUGUGGCUCAUCAUUUUACGAAAUUUUUUUCUGAGGAUACGUUCUUUUGUCGAUCCAGGAAAAUCAGAGAACUAUCUAAACCACAAAAAUGUCAUACUUAGAGUAUUACAUCCUUUCUAUCUUUUGCACAACUCUACAUUAUUUUUAUUUAUUUACUCGUCAGGCCUUAACUCAAUUGUUAUUUUAUCCUCUAUGCAUUUCUUUUGAAUUUAUCCAUUUCAUUCUAAUAGUGGGUUUCUUGCAUAGUGUAAGGUGUUUAGCGAAACGGUGCAAAUAUAGAAUCACAGUUUAAGAAAAUAUUCGACAUCUUUCAAAAAUAUAUUUCGACAGUUCUACUGUCAUCUUCUGUUCUGAUUUAUACAAAGUACAAAGUUGAAUUUAAAGUGUAUGGCAAAUGCUCAUUGGACAAAACAGACAAUAGAACGAAACAAUGAAUGCAAUUACAGUGAAAGUUUUAAAUUAAUAUUAUAACGUUGAUGAUUAAGUGUAGGUCGCUCCCAUUGAAUGUGAAUAGCUUUUUUUAAAUUUAAGCGCAGGUGGCCCAAGCUCACGUCUCGAGAAAAAGCAAACGAUUAAUUCAUGAAGGCGUUACGCUUUGCGUGACUCGGUCUUAAGUCACGACAGGAACCGUUGAUAAUUUGACACAUUUUAAGGAAUAGUUUUGAAUAGAAUAGUAAUUUUCUCUCUACCACGAGUGAUACAAUAUAUUAAUUUACAAUCAGACAGCGAGGUGAAAUUAAAACAGAUAAACAACAGACAAAUUUUGCAUAUUCUGUGGGAUUUGCUGUGAGCACUUAAGCUUCAAUUAUUUUCGCUGAAAAAGUGUCGACGGGGAAGAGAUGCGGUAAAAUUGACCGCGAAGCGAACUCAUAAUAGGAAUACACUACUUGAUAAUCAACGUUUUCCAAUAUUCAAUUAAUUUUUAUGCAUGGCGUGACUCGAAGUAAUUUAUGCAUUAUGAAAUUGAUACACCCAUACAUUUCCGAGAAAUCAACUUACCGAGAAUCACAGCAACACGCAAAUUCUAAGAAUAGACGUUACAUCUCGGGAUUCUCAGGAAAAACAUUGAUUUCGUCACCUGUCCUUUUUUGCAUAACCCACUUGAAUUAAGAUGUCGACAAAGCGUAACUCAAAGAAAGAUUUACCCGACGAUGAAGCCUUAGACGAAGUGAAUAAACACAUCAAAGACGCUUUCGACAUUCUGAAGCGUGAGACAAACAAGCUUCGCAAGGAAAGAAAUGCGUUUGACGAGGUAGCAAAAAAGCUCGAGCAUGUUCAUUUCUCGACCAUGCUGAAACUCAACGUCGGAGGCCAUUUUUUCUCCACAAGUUUGGCGACAAUGACAAAAGAUCCAGGUACUUUAAAGCGAGUUUUGAAUUUUGAACUAAGAAUUGAGAUCUAGCUUUUUGAUACACUGUACAAAGUUCGCUUUCAUUCAAUAGUUUAUUCAUAAAUUCAAAUUAUGUUUGCAUCCGCAACUGUUUAAGUAGUUGAGAGAAUUCGAUUUUUAUGUCCAUUGUUCAAAACGAUACUAACGUUUAGCGGCUGACUUCUGAAAUUACACCUGCGUCUCUGUGCUUGUUUAAAAACGAGCAGGCGUGUGGAACGCAGUCUUAAAUAAUCCGCCAUUACUUCUAGUCAACUGAAUUCACCACAGUAAAUAGAGAUUACUUCAUGGAAAAUGCGCGCGUACGAUUUUUAUUCACGAGUUGUGUAGUAUCAGAAAACGAACGAGUGAGCGCAGCGAACGAGUGAGUUUUCUGAUACGUAUCAACGAGUGAAUGAAAAUCGUACAAAGCAUUUUCCAUGCUGUAAUGUGUUUAUUUCAUAGCUGCUGAGAUUUUUUCGUGUUGUCUUUGGUAGACAAAUAGCACAGAUGGGGCGAUGAAAAGCGUAAAAAAUAGUUUAAAAAGUUCUCAACAACAAGUUAAUAAAAGUGCAUAAAGUUCAUAACACUUAAGCUUACCUGUGUUCAUCAGAUAUCAAUCAAGUUCAAUGUCUAGGCGGCUCGUACUCGUUGCCAUCUUUAGUGCGUACGGAGAUAAUAAAUUCGCUAAUGAAUUCAUUCAACUCAGCCGCUGAAAUAGCUUCAAUUUUCCUGUCUUCGUCCUUCGUUUUCAAAAAUCGUUUAAGCAAUCUUACAUCUCUUUCAGUUUUUUUGAGCGGUAUUUUUGUUUUCGUGUUCUAAAAUGAAUUCUUUAACUGAGUAAACAGAAGCGAACCUUCCCUCGGCCAUUUUUCAAAGCGCGCGGGUUUUGUGCAACGGCUCUCGCAUGACGUUCUCUUCAGUACGUUCAUUCAUCAUUAGUGAAAUUUCGUCGUUCGCGUUGCUGAUUGGACGAACGAUAAUUUUUCACGGUGAAAUUUUGUUGUUCGUACUCCUGACUGGCUACAUUUAGAAUCAGUACGAAUUUCAUUCACUACGAUUUUUGUGGGUAAAUCUCAGUACCUAUGAAAUAAAAACAUUUUUGAUACGGUUGAAUGCAGCUUGCUUCGUGAUGUACGAUACCACACGCCAAAUUGGAUAAAUGUAGUUGAUUCUUUUUGAAAAAAAAAAAAAAGGAUUAAGGUAUAUUAGAAUGGUUUUGUUCAUCUUGUUUUCACAGGGUCCAUGUUACAUGCCAUGUUUUCAGGCAGAUUUGACACAAAACCUGGCGAGGAUGGAUCUUACUUCAUCGAUCGAGAUGGAACACACUUCCGACAUAUCUUAAAUUAUCUUCGCACUGGGAAACUCGUACUACCGGACGAUAAAGUCGUUCGCAAGGAGUUGUUAAGCGAGGCGGAAUUCUAUCAAAUCGAUGGAAUACUCGAUGAGUUGAAAGCAAAUCCGUUUAAAGAUUCUGCAAUUCUCUCUUCAGAACAGCGCGAAACCCUGGUAGAUUGGUUGAAAGACACUCGCGAAAGCUUAGGCGACGAUUACGUGUUGUUAUACCGAGCUUCUCGCAAUGGAUGGGCCGCCUCUAACUUCCACUCCUGUUGUGAUAACAAAGGACCAACAGUUACAGUGAUAAAGAGCGGAAAUUACAUAUUUGGAGGAUAUACUGAGCAGCCAUGGCAAUCAUCAAGUAAGAGGCCUUUCUGUCAGCCCGCUGAAUCAAACUGCAUUACUCCCCUCCCCCACCCCCCUUAUGAUAAAAUAUCCCAUCCUAAUAUUUUGCUCUCAAAUUUGCUGUUUGCUUUCCAUUUACAAGUUAAUUACAGAAGCAAGAAGUCUUAUGCUUGUGAAUUUCUAUCUUUUUCUUCUUUUUAUUUUGGGGAAAUGUAAUGAUGAUUUUGCCAAAAUACCAAAAAGACUUAAAUCGAUCAGAAAGUGAUACCUUUACAAUCGAUCUAGUUCUACAAAAAACUCCCAAAUGAGAGCUUCCUGGCAUACAGCCCAAACCUCAUCUUAAGAACCUUUUAGUAAUCUUUCUGCUUUAACAACUUCAUUAAGGACUAAUGGAAGAUUCAGCCAACCGCCCCCAUCCCCCCUCCUUUCUUGUACGGUGAGUCAGCUUGCUUACAUCUCGGAGUGAUAAACCCUUUUGACUGACAGUUCAAUGAAAAUGUCAGGUUUUGUAGGACUCCCUAAUACCAUGAAUAAUGCAUUGAUGUCUUUGCUGUUGUUGUAGCGGCAUUUUUAUUUUGUUUUUAUGUUUGCUUUGUUUUUUUGUUUUCUUUGUUAACUUUGUUUGGUUUUGUUGUUUUUUGUGUGUGGGUUUUUUUUUUCGUUUGAGAGGGACUUCGAUCUCAUGACAGGGUUGUUGUUGUUGUUUUUUUUUGUAUAUUUUAAAUUAGCUGUUACCAUUGCAUAGUCAAACCAUCGAUAAGAAAAAUCUUUCUAGAGCUGAACACUAAGUCUCCUUUAUUUUAAGGAAGUGAACUUCUCUCUCAUCUCAGAGUAACGUAAGGGCAGUGUGAUUUUUUAGAGGUCGUGAUGCACUGAAAUGAAAAUAAUAGCUCAAGCUACAACCACAGGCGUUAAUUAUUGCUGUGGCAAUUUCUUGUCCUGGUUUUGUCCCUAUUUGCUACCGAGAAUUGUUAUUCAACCAAUGUAACUCAGUAAAUAUCUUUUAUCAGAUACUGCAUCGUACAAAAGAGCACCAGGUUCUUUCCUGUUCAGCCUUGUCAAUGCCAGUGGCUUGCCACCAACAAAGAUGCCUUUGAUAGAUGGUAAGGAAGGAAGUGCCAUCUACUGCUACAGUAGCUGUGGUCCAGUAUUUGGAGGUGGACAUGAUCUUUGCGUUCCAAAUUGUCCAAAUUCCUCCAACUGCUCCGUUAACCUUGGAAAUACAUACCAGUGCCCAGCAGGUCAGAAUGGUAACCUUUUCUUAACAGGAGGUCAAUACUUCGUUGUGAAUGAAAUGGAAGUUUUUGUGCUCGAAAAUUAA